GAACGGACCUUUGAUUCAUCCUGUUGUGUUUUACUGAGAGAGAGAAAAAAAAAUACCAUAUGGACUUUGCAUUGGAGAUUCGAGCUGCUUCAUAGUUUUUAGUGUUUUUUUUUAUUUUUUUUUUAAGUUUUAAUCAUGCUGAAGAAUAACGGAAAGAAGACAGCUAUCUCUGUAGCCAGCGCAGCGUGCUUCUGCCUGCUGCUGCUCCUGGUCGCUGUGCAGCAUCACCGGGUCCAGGUGGACGAGGAGACGGGCGGAGAGGACACCGGGACGCCCUCUCUUCUCCGGGGAGAUGAGGCACAGGACGGUAGCGCACAGGUUAAGAAAGGAUUCUCGGCGUACUUCACCAAGCUGACCCGCGGACGUAGGGAGGUGGAGAAGCCCGCACGCUCCUCUGCGUCCGCCGCCGAGCCGCCUCCAGCUGAGGACAUCAGCGCUGAUGACAUCUUCAUCGCCGUGAAGACCACCAAGAAGUUCCACCGGUCCAGACUGAACCUGCUCCUGGACACAUGGGUCUCAAGGAACAUGCAACAGACUUACAUCUUCACAGACGGAGAGGAUGAGGAGCUAAAAAAGAAAAUUGGGAGUCAUGCAAUCAACACCAAUUGCUCCGCAGCUCAUAGCAGACAAGCUCUGUCUUGCAAGAUGGCGGUGGAAUAUGACAAGUUCAUAGAGUCUGGGAAAAAGUGGUUCUGUCAUGUUGAUGAUGACAACUACGUGAAUGUUCGGACUCUGGUGAAGCACCUGUCCCAGUACCCCCACACCCAGGACAUGUACAUCGGCAAACCCAGUCUGGACCGGCCCAUAGAGGCCACAGAGAGACUGGGGGACAAUAAGAUGAAACCAGUCAACUUCUGGUUUGCUACUGGAGGAGCAGGCUUCUGCGUGAGCCGGGGUCUGGCACUGAAGAUGAGCCCGUGGGCCAGUGGCGGCCACUUCAUGAACACAGCAGAGAAAAUCCGCCUGCCGGACGACUGCACCAUCGGCUACAUCAUCGAGUCGGUUCUCGGGGUCCCACUGACCCGCAGCAACCUGUUCCACUCCCACCUGGAGAACCUGCAACAGGUGCAGAGGUCUGAGAUUCACAAGCAGAUCACCCUCAGUUAUGGGAUGUUCGAAAACAAGAGUAAUAUUAUCAAUUUGAAAGGGGCUUUUCCUGUGGAGGAGGAUCCAUCCAGGUUCAAGUCUGUGCACUGUCUCCUGUAUCCAGACACCCCAUGGUGUCCCCCUCAGGUUGCCUUUUAGGGCGACCGCUCCUUUCUCAUCCUCGUCCCCGUCGUGCCUCGGUAUCUGAAAGGCUCAAGGGGACCAGUGUUUGGUAUUAGACCGUGCGGCUGCUGUUGCUGCAGUAAUGCACGGUCUUUAAUAGUUUUACUGGGCUGCUGUGCGGCCCGCCUCGGGACUAUUUCUUCCUGUCUGGAGCCAGGACCCCCCCCCCCCCCCAUAAUGCUGGGGCGGAGGACUCCAGCUCUCGGCAGGAAGUAGCUUUCAGCGUUAAGCUUUGCAGGCAAUCAGUUGAGCUUUGUAAUGUAUAUGUUGCUUGUAAAUGUAUCUGCGAUUCUCAUAGAAUGUAUUGUCAUAUAUUCAAGCCUUUUUGCCAGCUUUCCAUUUAACAUUUUUCUUUUUGUUUUCGCUUUCAAAAAUGCAAAGCCAUUCAGGUCUGUAGGCUUUUCUGGCUUUUACCACAUAUAACUGGCUUUUCCAGGAUUUUUAUUUUUGUUUGUUUAUGUCUAUUAAUUCAGAUGACUCCGGACAAACGCUCUAAUAUGAAGAUGUUGUGCUUUUAAGUUAACAGUGUUAUUUCUUCUACGAACCUGAGCUGGCAAUAUAGGCUGAUUUCCAAAAGCAUCGUUUGGUGACCUAAUCUGAGGUAUAUCAGGACAAAGCACUUUUCCCCUUUUAAAAUUUUUUUUUGGUGAACUGACCUAAUAUUUACGUCCUUUAAUGACAUGCCUCAGAUUUGUGUCUAAACCAACAACAACAAAAAAAUAACCCCCUCAAAAUCUCAAUAACUAUUCAUUUUUAUGUAUUUAAUAACGCUCCUUGCAUUUGUUACAAUCAGGGAAAAACAAUGAGUGGAAGAGAUUUUGAUUUGGGGUUACAAUCAGCUUUUGAAUUGCUUUGAAAAGACGUUUCUUUUUUUUUUGAAAAUUGCACAGUUGAGUUUCAAAUGAGCUGAUGUUUGCUCCUGAGAAGACUCUCACCUCUAAAGGCUCAACAGUGGAGAAUUACUAACUUCAAGCUUGGGACAGAGAAGACCCAAAAUAGCAGAGAGAAAAGCAGUUUGAACCGUGGAAUCUAAAUAAUAACCACACGUGUAAUCUGAGCUUCAGUCUAUAAUAGUUUGCACAAAAGACUGAUGAGCCUCUCUGUUAUUAUUAUUAUUAUUAUUAUUAUUGUUAUUAACAUGAAUGUUCUUUAUUUACACAUAAUAUUGGCUGGUUACUGUUGAGGCUUGUGAGGUGAAAACUUAACAAGAGCAACGUCAGUGUUUGCACAUGGAGGUGUUUGUUCCCUCUGUGUCGUCUCUCACCCAUAUUGGGUUUCGCUGUACAUCUUGAUUACAGUAUUGUGUACUGUGCCUUUUUGUUCAAACGACUAGCUAUCGUAUAUGUUUAGAAUGUAAUUUCCCCCCCUUUUGUGGUUUACGUACGCUUUUAAUGACCCGGACACGAUUUUUGUACUGCUUUGAACUGUGUGACUAAAUGACUGUGGUGUUUAUUCUCCAGUAUCUGGAGGGUUUCGAACAGUUCAGUCCCAACACCGGCUUCUCAGGGAUUAUGAGCUGAUCGUGGUAUCAACUACCAUGGGACCCACGGUGGGACCUGAAACUUUUAAAUAAAAGUGCAUAACCACUGAGAAACUUAA